UUGAGUGACGAUGGCUUCCCGUUUUUCCUGGUUCCUGUGCCCCCUGCUGGCGCUCCUCCUCUGCCACGAUGCCGCCCUCUCAGCCAAGACGCCUCAACAGAUUGACAUCCAGACUCUCAAGUCGAUGAAAUGGGCCGUGCAUGGCGGCGGUCAGUUCGCUGUGAUGCAUCUGUCGGGAGGGAGCCUCGAAAAUUGCCAUGAAAUACAAUACAAUGAUGCAACAGGAGUUAGAGGAGACUGCAAUUUCGCCAGGCUCUUCCGUAAGCAACUCACGGGAAACCAGGAGAUUGCUGAGAUUCAUAAAACAGACGUUUGUGAAGGUUAUCAGCUGAUGCAGGCUAACGGCAUAAUUGAGUAUCACUUGGGGAGCCAACUUCCGAACUUCCAACCUGAUUGCGGCGACGAGGCAGGCCGUAAGACGCCCCCCCAACCCGGUCCCAGCAGGCCAAAAUCACCAAAAUGAACAGUUAGUCUGAAGCCGCAGGGCCGGGUCGGGACGAAGGACUCUUGCGUGGCAUUCCUGUGUUGCAACGAGAGGCUCCCUCGGCACGGCGAGGCAAGAAGCGUUGCAAGAUGGAUUGGAAAACGGACCCGGAAUGCGUCAGUCCGCAAGCUGUGUUGAUUAGGCUUGGGACUGGAUUUGAUCUUAUGCUUUGAUUCUUUUACAUUUCGUUUUAUUUCUUUGUGGAACGAAGUGGAAGGUUGUUGAUUGUUCUUGUCAUUCAUCUUCUUCAAGUCAAAUAUGAAAUAUACUCACACGCGCACAUGCUGAUAUAGGCUCGUGCUGACGCAAACAAAAAACAUGUACACACAGACACACAGAUAUAUAUACAUACAAACACACACACACACACACACACAUGUGUGUGUGUGUGUGCUUGGAUAUGUAGAUGCAAGUAGCCUGUGUGUGUGCAUUUGUCUGUGUCUUUUCCUUUUCUCUCUUCCUCUCAGAGUAAAAGAAUGAGUGUAAUCCCUUUUCCUCUGAUGCACGUGCAACAUUUCUCAAAGACACAUACUCACCAUCGCAGUUUAGUGCGUUGCUGUGCAAACGAUGGGACGCUGCAAAGCCUUCCAUCUUUCCUGUCAUCAUCUUGUUCUAAUUCAAACUGAUUAGGCUGAUGUUUCCAAAUGGUUAGAAAUAAAAAGAUCUCAGCAAAAA